AUGCUGCGUCACGUCAAGACGGGCCCCAAGUCAAAGCUGCGAGACGAAGUCUCAGAAGAUCGACGUGAGCGCGGCCCAGUCGCAGCUGUCCGAGCGGUUGAAGACGUACAAGACGAUCGUGGGGAUGAAGGUGCUCAUAGCGAUAGCCGCAUAUCGUCGAUGGCACUUGAGGAGGCCGAGGGCACCUGGGAGCUGAAAGAUCAUGCGCGCGAGCAGAAGGUACGCGCCUCGGACAGGAAACUCAAGAUUAGAGAAGUGGACGAGAAGGUAGAUAUCCCGUCUAGUCGGUUCAACGCUCGGAGGACGUAUAGCCUGGAGGGACUGCGAGUGCACAGCGAUGCGGGCGGGUUGGAGAAGACCUUCAACGUGACAGCCAACCGCACCAUUGUUGGCGGCCGUCUGCCCAGUGCGCCUGCUGCCCUUGGCACUGGAUACGAGGGAUACGACUUCGCGCUGACGCCGAUGAACGAGGAUGAGCGGCCGCUGACGAAGUCGAUGAAUGUGCGGAAGUAA